UUUUUAUAAAUUUAUAAAAAAAAUAUAAUAAAUAUUUAAAUUUUUUCAAAAUGUAAUCAUGAUCUCGCGUACACGUGUGUGAUAAGUCGUCAAUAAUACCACAAAAUAACAGUCUUAACUCUUAACACUGUCUAGCUAAACGAUAAUAAGUAAUAACGGUCGUACGAUGUUCGCUAAAAGAGUUUGAAUUAUUUAUAAGAAACCGCGAUCCGUCGCCGACGAUGUGCGCCUUUUUGCCGUGAUUCAUCUGUUCCGUGAACAUCCGUAAUGGACAAGUACGUGAAGCACAUCAAGAGGAAAGAAGAUGGCGGUGGAGGCUACAUGGACGCGGAAAAAUUCUACGUACCCAGCGGCCAGUGGAUGGCCGAGGACGCUGCUGUGGCCUGUGCACUAGGCGUUCAACAACCUGCGGCCCCACAAAAGUCCGAACGACCGGCCACUCCGCCUUCGCCGAUUUCGCCCGUGUCGCCGCCAUCGGAAGACUUAUCGAGAAAAACAUUAGGACGAAUGAAACGCAUUUACGUUUCUAGACGUUUGCUGUUUGAUGAUGAAGAAAAGGUCAGCGUAAACAAGGCUGUUAAUCAACACUUGAUCAUCAACUCUCAACCAACUGAUGUAAUAAAAGAAAAGACGACUUCAGAAGAUGAUUCUUAUAUGGCUAUCAUCGACUCUCUGUCGGCUCGUGGUUUUGUCGUAAACAAUCACGGGCCCUGUGAUGACGGUGGUGAAUCACUUGGACAAUGUGACCUCCAUAUGUCAGACGGCCCAGAUCUGGAGACGACAGACAUGACAAGAGAAGUUGGUGGUGUACUGACGUCGUUGUCACCUGUUUGUGGCCAGUUUGAAUGUCUGUCAGUGUUUGAGGGUAUCGUUUACACCGUGCGUGUUGCGGCCGUCGGUCCGGCAGGUGAUAACUCAAUUGAGACAGCGAAAGUGUUAGCAGCUGUUGGCCCACAUCCGCAUAUUGUCUCGUACUUCUGCAACUGGACUGACACACAUUACCAUUACAUUCAAACAGAACAGUGCCAAUCGAGCCUGUCGUCACUGAGCAUGAACAACGUUGCUGACUGCCGGACGGUGUUGGAACACAUUUCGUGCGCGCUCCACUAUUUGCAUGAUGGCAAGAUGUACUCGCACAAUCGCGUCAACCGCCCGAAUAUCUACUUGGCCUUGGACGGUGACCGCAUCGUGUACAAGCUAGGUGGGUUCAGUGCGGCCACUAAGAUCCUAGUGGAUAGUAGUGCCGCAGCGGUUGAUGUCCAAUCUUUGUGUUUGAUGGUGUUGGAGCUAAUCGAAAACGGAGAUGGGUGGUCCGCUGAUGAGGAGGAUUUGCGGCUUUAUCUGUCAAACAUGUCAGGAACAGUAAAUCCGGGCGCCGCAAACGCUCUAUCUGUUUGGCGUUGGUGUUGUGAUGCCCGACACCGGCCACCACUACUGCAAUCACGCCAGACCAGCUUGUCGGACAUGAUCUAUUGUAACCUUGGAACAAAUAAUAAGGAUGGAGUAGGUCCAGCCGAUCAAACCGCAGUAGUGUCAUUACUCAGAAAAACUGACGUGCGUCGAGCUUCAGAAAUUACCGUGGCAGCCACUCCAAGAAAGUGAUGAGUGGAAAAAAAAUUUUUAAACAGUAAAAUUACCAAGGUUGGUGCUAUUUGUUACGAACUAAGAAGUUUUAGUUUUUAUGUUAUGUUUGUUUAAGUUAUUGAAUUAUAAUAUUACCUAUACAUAGUUACGUUUUGUGGUACAACAUUUAAAAAAUUCGCGCAGAGAUGACAUUUUUCUAUUCCUUGAAGCGCAGACUAAGUAGUUCCUGUUGUUAAUCCAUUACUUUUACUUUAAUUUUUGAAAAAUCUAGUUUAUUGAUUUUUUAGACAAGUGUACCUACCUAUGAGUAGUGUUUCUUUUAUACUAUUAUUAUUAUAUUUUUUUUUUAUUUUGAGUAUUUUAAACUAGUACUCUAUUAUUUUGUGUAGUUACUGUGAAUCUUUUUGAAUUGUAAGCAAAAAUUAAUCAACUAAGAUGUUGAUGUGAUAAAAGUUUCUAAUAAAUAAUUUUUUAUUAA